UGUUUUGUUUUGGUCUCGCAACAGCUGCACUAUCCGGGUACAUGCCGCAACGUUGUUCAAAAUUUUAGUUUCAAACAGUUUUGAAAAUAAUUGCAAAAUUCUCGGUGAAUCUAGUCUAUAUGUAUCAAAUUUUGAGUUUCUUCAGAUCUAAUGUAGUUGGUAGUGCUAAGGUGAUACGAUUUUAUUCGUCCAGUUUUAAACCGAAACGUAAAACGCAGCAAACGAAAAUGCCCCUGGAUCCGAAACACAUUGCCGAAGCUCAGAAGCAGCGACUGAAGCUGAAGCAAAAGGUGAUCAAAGCGUCGCCGGGGAUCGUCAAUCUGCAAAUUGUGGGCUCCGGAGCACCGGGUGCUCCAGCUUCUGUGUAUUUGUUCAGUGACCAGACGAGGUACCUGUUCAACUGUGGCGAAGGAACGCAACGACUGGCGUACGAGCACAAAACGAAACUUUCGUGCUUGGAAAAUAUCUUUAUGACCCGGACCUGCUGGGAGCGGAUUGGGGGACUGCCGGGAAUAUGUUUGACUAUGCAGGAUGUGGGCGUUCCGAACGUUACACUGCACGGACCUCCGGGUUUGGAUGAGCUGUUCAAGGCGAUGAGAAGGUUUGUCAUUCUGAAGGAUAUGAAAGUGGAAGCGGCGGAAUGCAAAGCGGAGGACGUAUUCGAUGACCACGUGAUGAGUUUGAAGUAUGUGGCCAUCCAUAGGGAACCGGAGUCAUCGUCUAAUUCGGACGAGGAGGAUCAGGUGGAUGACACGACGGUGGACGACACGGAUUACUAUGCUUAUGAGAAGCGUAGUAAGCCAGCUCCCAAGUCGAAACUUUCGGCGUUCCAACAAGAUUGGACCAAACGGCACGAGGAAUCUGUGAUGGCUUACAUCUGCAAGCUUAAGCUACGUUUCGGACAGCUCUCGCUUGAGAAGUGCGUCGAUCGAGGGGUGACCCCGGGACCGCUGUUGGGGCAGUUGAAAAACGGCAACGAUGUCACCCUCCCUAAUGGAACAGUGGUGAAAUCCAGCGACGUUCGAGGACCGGAUGAUCCCGGACCGGUGUUUAUAUUCAUUGACAUUCCUAGUGAAGAAUAUUUCCGAGAUCUGGACGAUAAGAAUGAAGCUUUCGCUCCGUAUCAGAGCACGGCUACGGAGGAGUCUAACCAGGCGAUGUAUGUGCUGCAUUUUAGCCCUUUAGAAGUGAUGCAGAAGCCGGAAUAUAGAAAGUUUAUGGACAGAUUUUCUGCCAGUACGAGGCACAUUGCCUUGAAUGAGAUAAAUAGUUUUUCAGGCUAUAUCGCAUCUCACCGGAUACAGUAUCAUUUGAAUCAACUUGAUGGUGGCAUUUUUCCACUUCUAAAGGAACAGAAUAACGAUUACGUCAACCAAGAUGGAAGAAUACAAGAUAUAGAUGUGGUUAAAUCUUCGUCGUUGAGCUAUCUCCAUGUUCGGCCGAAAAAAGGAAUUGAUAGGACCCAAGAAGCCGCGCUCAACCCAUCCGAAUAUCUCCAGGAGUUGGAAAUUCUUCCCGAGUUUAAACUAGCUUUGGAUCAACUUCACCAAAAGCUGGUACUGCGGAAACCGCAACAACAGCUGAUGGCACGGUCGGAGAAAUACCCCCGGGUUGUGUUCCUCGGAACCGGGUCAUCCAUUCCGAAUAAAACUCGAAAUGUCAGUGCUAUUCUGGUGCACACCGGGCCGCAUUCUUCAAUUCUGUUGGAUUGCGGAGAAGGAACUGCUGGUCAGAUCAUUCGAUUGUAUGGACAGGAGAGAGCUGAAAGCGUGUUUAGAAGUUUAAAGGCAAUUUACAUCUCACAUCUCCACGCAGAUCAUCACUUAGGGCUAUUUGGACUACUUCAAACCAAACGUAAAUUGCUGGGUGCAAACAAUGAAAAGAUCCUGCUAAUAGCUCCGGAGCAAAUCUCUUACUGGUUGAGGUUGUAUGACUGUCGUUUUGAACCAGUGCACAAGGAUUACGUUCUCGUCAAGAAUGCCGAGCUGGUUGAUGAACCCCUGCGAGAUGAACGAAUCCAAGACCUCGGUGUAACGGAAAUCGCCACCUGCCGAGUGCGUCAUUGCCCGCACUCGUUCGGUGUAGCCCUGAGUAUGAACUCCAGCCAAAAAGGGGAAACUGGCGAACCGGUCAAAAUAACCUACAGUGGCGAUACGAUGCCAUGUCAGAAUCUGAUUGACCUGGGCCGGGAUUCGACCAUACUUAUCCACGAAGCCACCAUGGAGGACGAGCUGGAAGUGGAAGCCCGAGUCAAAAUGCACAGCACCCUGUCGCAAGCCAUCGAGCAGGGCAAGAAGAUGAACGCCAAAUACACGCUGCUGACCCACUUCAGUCAACGGUACGCGAAGAUACCGCGUAUCGAGUCGGAGCUGGAGACGAACCUGGGAAUUGCCUUCGACAACAUGGAAGUGACGCUGGACGAUUUGCCACAGCUGAGUUUGUUCUAUCCUGCGUUGAAGGCGAUGUUCAUUAGUCAUUUCGAGGAAAUGGAACAGAAGGCGAUCAAACGGGGAAACAAGAGGAUGCGGUUGGAGGGUGGGAGUGGAAGCAAUAGCAAGGAAACUUCACCAACGCGGUAGACUGGGCAUGGAAUGAGAUGUUGCUAAAUUGAUAGACCCUGUUAUGAAAGAAUUGAUUAAUAAAUUAAUUGAAUUGAUUUUCAAUAAAA